GUCGUUUGCCAAGUAAGUUAAAGUUUCUUCCUGUGACAGUGACAUUUGUUGGCGCAAGAUGAUCGUGUGAUGCAUGAUAUAGUUGGACGAUAGUACCAGUACGUCGACGUGGGCGAAAUAAAAAGCAUCCACCCGUGCAAAUAACGAUGCUGGUUCCUCCACCUGACUGUCGCGAGAGCAGCGAAGCCGCAUCGCAAGUACAAGUGCAUCGACAUUCCGCAGAAAUUUUUGCGCCCGCUCCGACAGCGCGGAGUCGCAUGGAAAACAAUGCGCCGAUGCGUGCCGCUCCCUUUUCUGUGUCGGAAGACGAUCUCCGCAGAAUAUUUGCGACUCGGGGCGAAAUACUGCAAGGAGACAUCUACGCUCCAAGAAAGGCGCCAGGCGCAGGCAGGAUUGCUGCGCAUUCUGCGCGGGCACGAGAACGGAAAUCGCACGUCUUGACCUGCUACGCGCCGACAUGGAUUUCUAAGAAAAGAAGUGCGGCCUCGGGUGGACAUAAACCAUUGAGGUCGCCAAAUGAAGCGUAUUUCCUCGGUAGAAGUUUUGAUACGGGAGAAAAUAGCAGGAAUCUCCGCUUGGGUGAUCGUGAUGAACAUGAGUUCCGUUAUAGUACCUCCCAUCCGCUACACAAUCGGGCCGGCGCUGGCCAUUAUGCAGCACCGCCGCUGCGACCACCCCUCCGCAAGAACACCCCAGCUUCCGCUGUACCUCCAGCCAUGACGAAAUGGAAUUCGGCUACUUUCAGCUGGUCGACCAGAAAUUUGUUGGAGAUUUCGCGGAGGGAGCACCAGAAAAGCAAAAAGACGACGCGUCAAGCAGAGCAAGCGGACGACAAGGACAACCAACGGAAGAUAGUACUAGAGGCUGUUGAAACGAACCCACCUAGGACGACACCCGAAGUGCCCACGGUCUCCGACUUCUUUCGCCGAAGAGCAGAGCCGCGAGGAAAGCGGAAAAGACAAGCACGCUCCAGCGACUACGUCUCCUGGUCAAGAACAGCAGCUGAGGAAGCGCGCCGUUGUUCCUCUACGUCCGCGAUCGCACGACUGAAGCGAAGCAUGGAUGAGUCGCAGCUUUUCUGGAAAAAGUUUUCGCCUGACCAACGCAUCUCGCAGCGAGAAGAACUGCCACUAGCAACGCAGCCUGUGCCUCUGUCGCCAGUCGCGACACCGCGCGCAAGCAUCGUAGUACCUACUAGCUCUUCGCCGAUGAAGGGAGCUCCGUCAUCUGCGUCCAGUACUACGAAAAAGAAGAAACCGCGAUUAACGAAAUCCGCUUCGCGCGCACGAGCGCCAAAGCCAACUCCGGACGCUGAAUUUGCCAGACGAAGCUCCUCUUCCUCAUCGGUUGCAGUUCACACUCAACACAGUCACAGAAACAACAGGUAUGAUCUACCUAACCGUCGAGCUGCCGAAAAGGAGAACAAGAAGCGCAAGAGCAGUGUUGAGCAGCGCAUCUUCUGGAUUGCUGACGCUGCGAUGGAGCAAAGUAGGAACGCAGACUCGGAGGAAGAACUACAGCCACAGUUGCCUCCCGCUCCGAAGCCAAGCCCGGCGAAAAUGCCCCUGAAGAACGAAGCUGUGAUGCAUUUUUAUCCUUCGCCUCGAACUUCGAAGGGCGACAAUGCCCUUCGUGAGCACGAUGUAACCAUGGAGCAAGAGGAGCGGCUAGCGGACAUUGAUGUACCGAUCUUCUUCUCGACCAAGGGCGGAACUACAAAUAGCGUUCUUUCGCUAUUUUCCGCGGAGACUGCUACGAACAAUGAGGAGCUACUCUCUGCUGGGGAACAACAAGACAGCGAGUUCUCCUUCACCACAAACAACCUCGAGGGCCGCGGGGAUCAUGCUGGCAAAGCUUAUUCUCCUUCAGCAGGUCCACGAAAGCCUCCCGGCGUACGCCCCGUUCAUACCGCUUUUGACAAGCACCAUGACUUGGGCUCCAUCUGGGGCGACGACACGCGCGUCCACCGCAAGCACCCGUUCCCGACACACCUUUCUCCGUACACGCGCGACCACGUGCUUGCCAGCCGAAAAGAACGCAGUUCUUCGGUCUCGUCGGUGGGAGCUGAAGAGAGUGAGGAAAUUCUUCCUGCUGCGGCCGAUGGACGAGCUCAAAAAUUGUUACAACAUGCAAGCACCAGUGGAGAGCGAGAAGAUGUCGUUCGGCUGCGGGAAAGCAAAGAGGAGGACAGCACGACGUCGCCGGUGCUCUCGCCUUUUGUGCUUGCGCGGCGAUCGCUCCCGGCCACGGAGCGCGCAAUGUUCUCGGAGUCGCCCGGAAAGUUUGAGCGACGCGACCACUCCGGGCCGGACGAAAGGGGGAAACUCCGCGUGCCUGGGGACUCCUCCGAGGAUCACAGCCUGGAGGCGCCGCCGGAUUCUUCGCCGAUCGACGACCUGUUUCCACCCACCGCGACCUUCCUCGCCGACUUGCGGGCGGACCGCAUGACAGAGUUGCAACAGCUAGACCUCGUCUCGGCCACGGAGUUCCGGCGGCUGUGGGCGGCCUUUGCGCGCGAGCGCAGGCUGCGGGUCCGGUUCUUCUGGGUAAGGAACAACAGAAGCACCGGCCUGCUACAGCCUACUGCCUGGGCACCGGGGGGCAAGAAGAAGGACAGCGGGCAAAACACGCGGAAGCAGUACCAGACGAAGGAACCUGUGUGGCGGAAGCCAGCGAAACACGUGAACAGCACCGAUGAGAACUUCAAGCUGGCCGUGUGGAUGCUGCACUUUCACGUAUGGGCGAAUUAUGUUCGCCGCGCGCGCGUUGUGGAGCGAAUCCUGGAGCGCAGCAUGCUGGCGCAUCGCGCGGAGCGCGACCUCUGCAUCCUGGCCCACUGGCGUGCAGCCGCACAGAAAUUGCACAAAGUUUUUUCCGAGAAGGAAGAUGCGUUCCUGCGACAGAAAGCGUUGCGGUCUUGGGCGAAACUCACACCUAAGUGGAAGCGAAUGAGGAAGUCCGGAGUCAUGCUCGAUGGGUUCACUCGCUGGAAGCGAAAAGGCGAGACGUUUUUCCGCUGGCGGAUCGCAUGCUCCUACGAAGAACGCAUUCGGAUGUCGCGCGAUCGCCAACGCACGCGAUUCAAGCGGACACUCAUGGGGCAUUGGCUCUUUCUCGCCCACCGCAGAAAGUUUUUCGCUGAGAAGCUAGAUCUCUGGUUUGCACGCCUGCGAGCCAAGGACGCAGUCUCUUGGCGUGAAAGAAAGACCUUGGUAAGUUUCGAACACGAUGUAGCUGCCGAAUCCAGCAGGGACGACCAGGAAGACAAACUCACCGACACUGCAGGCAGCUUCCGAAAACGUCCGCAUUUAGAUCACUACCUCUUUGACCCCGCGCCAAAUUCGCAGCAGAAGCAGCAGCGGUUUUCCUCAGUCUCGCCGGUGUUGACUCCAAUUCGCAAGCAAGGCACAAGGUCCAGUCGGAGGCUCUCUGACGGGUCACGAAAAGAGGAGCUGCGCGUCCGCUUCGAAUCUCCCGACCGCAGUAUCGCGCGCCGUGAACGACAUUUCUACGACGAGAACUGUGAUGAGGCGCCACCCAAGAAAGAAGGCGUGUGUAAAGCUCCUUGGCCCGUGGUCGCUGUGGAACUGCGCGCUUCGCUUUUCGGUGUCAAUGAAGCGGGCAACAAGAACCGGCAAAAUUCCAACUCCAAGGCAGCCGGGGGCGCUUCGUCAAGUACCGCAGCCAGCUUUUUCGCCUUCCGAAGUGCCUCGCCGCUCAGCGCGGAGCACGAGGCGUGGCUAGACACCAGCGCAGGGAUGCGGCUGCUUGCGCAAUUCGGAGAACAGCAGGUCGUCUACGUGCAAGAACGCCCACCAGAAGAGAACGAGGACGACAUCUACUUCGAGGAUCCGGGGCAACAUACAACCGAGCAGGUGUGUCCCCCACCCUCUUGGACGGUGUUAUCGCCGACCAGAAUCGCAAGAAAGCGGUUCUUUCGCUACUGGCUUCUAGCGCGAAGGCACGCGGCGGCCUGUCGUCUGCUCCACAAUUGGAGCGCGCUGCAGACGUGGCGGCUCUACAUCAUCCCCGCGGUGUUUCGGCUACGCGAGUGGCGCAACUUGGCUGGGUUCUUCAUCGAGCAGAAGAUAGCGAGCAAGCGCAGGUUCGAGGAGGCGGUGGACCUCCUUAAAAUAACUCUGCAGAUGUGGAAGCACGUGCGCCGGCUGCAGUGGCGGGUUGCGGUGGAGUGGCAGGAAAAACAAACGAUAAUCAAGUGCUUCAGAAAGCUGCAGAAGUAUCGUCUUUUUUCCCAGAAGCAGAAGCUGCAAGUCGCCAGGUUCUACCGAAAAACGACCUGCCAAAAUGCGUUUCUUCGUCCCGCGUUUCGCGGUUUCGUUAGGAACGCGCGACUUCGGCUCGAGCACAAGUUUCUUCGAAUCUGGUACUGGUGGUGCAUUCUCGGAGGCAAAUACCGCUCAUGGCGCCGAAACUUCAACACGCGCCAACAAGUGUUGCGCGCCUGGUUCCACUUGUUGUCUCGUCGCUUCGCGACCGAAACAACAUUGGUCCAAAAACUCGCGCUGAAGCGCCGCUUUGCACACUGGUACUACGCCUACUGCUUCCAGAAAAAGCAGAGAACACAAGCUGAGCUGCACAGAAUCACAUUUUCGCCGCCGGCAGCGUCGUGUGCAUGAAAUGUACGAAUUUGGGCCCUCAAGCAUUGGCUUGCUGCGGGCGAUCAGUCGCUAUCCAGUAUCAUAUAGAAAUAGGCUUCGUGCUUUCGUGUUCCUCCUCAUAAUCUUGAUCGUUAACGUAAAGUGAUUUUGUCACACCUCACUAUGUGCCUCCGCCUCGAUUCCCGUAUUCGAUCGCCGACUAGCACCAACUCGAAAGACAGGAGAGCAAGAAGGGCCGGUAAGCAUGCAUGCAUUGUGCUUGUUGAGCGACCCUGCAAGUGCAACUAGAACUUACUACUAAACUUCGACAUAUUUUUGAGUCUGUCAGACUCAGGCGUGAUUCGUGAGGAGUCGGUUCUCAGAGGAG